AUGCUGAGAAUACGGCCCAUGUUCCGGCCCAUCACGUACAUGGCGACAACGUACAGUCACAGGAAGACGAGGCGUGCGGAGAUGGGAGAGGAGGGUUGUGUGGAGCUCAAGCAUGCACCUUGUUGCUUCAUUUUCUCUCUCUGCCCCUUAUCCUUGCCUCCCUCUGCCUGUCCCUCCCACCCACACACAGGAGAGGGACAGAGGAGGGCGGACAGAGGAGCGAAGGGGAGUGAGGAGCUCAAGCAUGCACCUUGUUGCCUCAUUUUCUCUCUCUGCCCCUUAUCCUUGCCUCCCUCUGCCUGUCCCUCCCACCCACACACAGGAGAGGGACAGAGGAGGGCGGACAGAGGAGCGGAGGGGAGUGAGGAGCUCAAGCAUGCACCUUGUUGCUUCAUUAUCUCUCUCUGCCCCUUAUCCUUGCCUCCCUCUGCCUGUCCCUCCCACCCACACACAGGAGAGGGACAGAGGAGGGCGGACAGAGGAGCGGAGGGGAGUGAGGAGCUCAAGCAUGCACCUUGUUGCCUCAUUUUCUCUCUCUGCCCCUUAUCCUUGCCUCCCUCUGCCUGUCCCUCCCACCCACACACAGGAGAGGGACAGAGGAGGGCGGACAGAGGAGCGGAGGGGAAUGAGGAGCUCAAGCAUGCACCUUGUUGCUUCAUUCUCUCUCUCUGCCCCUUAUCCUUGCCUCCCUCUGCCUGA